AUGCAACCCGUCGGCUUCCCAGCCACCAGUAGCUCGGACGAUUACUGGAACAUGCGAAACAAUGCCGGACUCUAUGGAACGGCCCGGCGCGGGGACUCGUUCGUGACACCGCCCGCACCCUCCGGUGCGGAUUGGUGCCCAGCGAAACAUACACCGAUCCGGACCCAGCCGGUCAUACCAACGCCGACACCUCCAGCUUCAGCAAUCUCAACGGCCUCGGCGAACCUAUUAAGCAACAAUAAGUCCAGGGGGAGUCAGGCUUGCUGUGUAUAUUUAUUAAAUCGAAGCUGUUUAGCCCUACAAGUGGAAUGCCUGACGACAGUCACUGCGGGUCAGAUAUUGCAACAAAUUGCCGAUGCUCCGUGUGAGCCAGGCUUGGGGCAAGACGCAUGUCUAGUUUUCGCCGUAUGGAUUGCCAAUGCGGAUUUCGAAUUGCAACUCGAACCAGGGCGGGCUCCUUAUGAAGUUUAUAAAGUUUGGACGGAGUUGGUUAAUGCGUACUGUACCCUGCCGGUCCCUCUGGUGGGAGAACCGAAAUUGAUACUCCAGCGUAAUGUGACCCUCGGUGAGGAAGAAGAGCGCGCCAUCUGCCAGAGGAAUUCCUCGGUUUUAGAGCUACUGUAUCACGAAGCUCGCUGCAACGUCCUCGAUGGUCGUUAUCCCGUCACCGAACACGUCGCGCUACGAUUAGCCGCAUUCCAAGCAGCGAUCGAACUCGAAGGUCAGAGCGCCUGCGAUGUUUUGGCGGAUAAAGCCGGUCAUUACUUGCCCCAUAGACAUAUCAAAAGCAGUUUUUUCGGCCAAAGCAUCGAAAAGAAACUCGUGCAAGAGUACAAGGACCUUCUGAUGUGUCGGUGCACGGACAAGCACUCGUUGAUGAGGGACUAUCUCGACGUGUGUCGGAAGCUAGUUUUCUACGGCAGCGCAUUCUUCGAGGGUGCUCUCGAUUCGUUUUUCGGCUCAAGAGACGUAGUGGUUGCCAUCAAUAGGCGUGGACUCCACAUCCUCACGAAGGAUGGUCGCUUGGAAGGGUCAUAUUUGUUUUCAAUUAAUCAAUAUCCCCCUUUAUUCAAUUGGGAUUACGGUAGACCGGUGCAGAAAGGACUCGAGCCCUGCCUAUAUGUCUCCGAUGGGUACAUGAGCUCGCACCAAAUUUUCUCAAAGCAGUCUUUCUUAAUGGAUAAGAUGCUGAUGGUACUACAACCGAGCAAAUUGUAGAGCCAAUUAUAAUCUCCCCCGCAAAAGA